AUUCACACCACCAAGCAACCCCUUUUCUAUCUCUUUCUCUCUCACGCACAUAUAUGUUAUAUUGUAUGUAUGUAUGUUUCUUUGAUUACUUAUAAUAAUAAUUAAGGCGUUUGUUAGCCAAAACGUUGCAUCAAUCGCAGGUGCAAAGUCUGUCCCAACUCUCCAACUCUAUAACGGAAAACACUACAUCGAUCUCUCAUCUCUACUCUUCUCUUCCCCCAUAUAUUCUCUAUUUGUCCUCAUUCUUCUUCAUAUCCCUUGCCUCUGAACUCAUCUCUCUCUUAUUAUUUAUGUCUAUUAAAGUCUUGACUCUACGUUCUUUAGUUUUUGUCUGAUAGAAAGAAUUGCUCAUCUAUCAGCUAGGGUUUUGAUCUGCUCUAUAAUAUACAAACUUUGUUCUUUUUUGGUUAUAUUUAUAUUCAUUUUUAUUUAAGAUAAGAUGUGCACAAGGGGCCAUUGGAGACCUGCUGAAGAUGAGAAGCUUAGGGAGUUGGUGGAACGCUAUGGACCCCACAAUUGGAACGCCAUAGCUGAAAAACUCCAAGGAAGAUCAGGAAAGAGCUGUAGGUUGAGAUGGUUCAAUCAGUUGGAUCCAAGGAUUAACAGAAGCCCUUUUACAGAAGAGGAAGAAGAGAGGCUUUUGGCAUCUCACCGGAUUCAUGGGAACCGAUGGGCUGUAAUCGCAAGGCUAUUCCCUGGUCGCACUGACAACGCAGUGAAGAACCAUUGGCAUGUCAUCAUGGCAAGAAGGUGCAGAGAGAGAUCUAAACUUUAUGCAAAAAGGGCUGCUCAAACAUUAAUGAAUGACCAAAAAUCACCUUUAAAGCAAGAGGUCCAGAUGAUGAACUGUGAGAAAAGAAUCACUACUAAUGCUUCUUUUGUUGAGAAAUGCCGUGAACGAUUUCAGUACCCUUUCACAUAUAAUUACUGUCCCCCGUUUCCAAAAGACUUGCUUUCUCAACGUCUAGCUCCUUGUAUCAACCCACGUCAAGAGAAAAAGCAGCCAAUUGAGUUUUAUGACUUUCUACAAGUAAAUACUGAGUCUAAUGGUAGUGAAGUGAUAGACAAUCCAAGAAGAGAUGACGAGGAGGUGGAUCAGGAAGCCAAGGAACAACAGAGCAAGGCUGUUGUCCCGUUCAUAGAUUUCUUAUCUGCUGGAAGUUCGUAGCAUGGUUGUGUUGUCUGAAUUAUGAUCUUGAUCGAUGACACUUACUGUAAAACAAUCACUUACAUUUACUUAUUCCUAACUAAAUACCCCCAUCACCCAGAUGCAUGUUGCAACUGAACUGACAGAAUAUAUUUAAAGAGAGGUGUAGCAUGUAGGCAUAUACUUAGAAGAGUUGAAGCUUUAUGUGAAGUGUUUGUAUAUGACACACUGGAGGAAAGCAGGGAUGACUAAACUAUAUAUAUGCACCUCUGACCUCCCUGGUUCUUAAA